AGCGGGCGCCAUAUUGAAAGAUCGUAGCUCUUGAAAAGCGGCCGACCGAGGUGUAAAAUCCGUGUUGUUCGCGAAAAGUUUGCAAAUUGUGCCGGUCAAAGCGGUUCCGUUACGGUCGAAACCAGUGCGAAAAGUGAGCGCAAGUUCCGGUGCAUCGAGUGAGCCCAAAACCAGCCCGGAAACCAUGGCUUCGGACGAGGAAAUUGACGAAUCUAUUGCCGAGGAGGAAGCCGGCGUGGAUGAGACGGGUGACACCUCUCUGGCUGCGGAGGAAAACUCCGAGGACGAAACGCUCAAGAGUCUAGCGCAGGCCCAGGACGAUGACGACGACUACGAACCGGAGGACAACCGCAGCAAGAAAAGCAAGAAGGGCAAAAAGCGGAAGGCUCGCAGCGAGGAGAAGCGAGGUCGCAAGAAGAAGAAGCGAAAGAAGAACGAUAGCGGGGACGAGAGCGACGUGAAGCAGAGUGACGAUGGAGGGGCGGCGGCGGAUUCGGACUACGAAAGACCGAAACGUAGCUCGCGGGAGAAAAAGAAAGGCAAGGAGGAUAAAAAGGAGGAGAAGAAAGGCGGAGCGGAUUACAACAUGCCGUCGAUCGAGGAGGUUUGCAGUACGUUCGAUCUGAUCGAUGUCAAGAUCGAAUAUACCGAUGAAGACUACGACAACUUGGUCACCUACAAGAACUUCCAUCAGCACGUCCGGCCAAUCCUGCAGAAGGAGAACCCCAAGGUUCCGAUGUCCAAGCUCAUGAUGCUGGUGGCGGCCAAGUGGCGAGAGUUUACCGAAGAGAAUCCCAAUCUUCAAGCCGAAGAAACAGAAGAACGGGAAGAGGAUGAACCUCCGCCAUCUCCGGAGUACGUGCCCAAGUCCAGUCGUUCGAGGACAAAGACCGAAAAGAGAGACGACGAUAUGGUCUACGACGAUGAUGAUGACGAUGAGGAAGAGCUGGAACGAGAGCGAAGCAAGAAGAAGAGCAAGAAGGGUUCUUCCAGCGCCAAGAAGGGCAAGAAACCGAAGGUACCGACACUGAAGAUCAAGUUCGGACGCAAGAAGAACGUUAGCUCCGAUGAAGAUCAAGAUGCCAGCAAUGGAUCGGAGCGGGAUUCGGAUGCCGAGUUCGAAAAGAUGCUGCAACAAUCGGAGGAUAAAGCCGACAAGGAGAAGGAGAAGGCAGAAGCGGAUGCGGCUGCACAAGCGGAGAGCGGCGAACCUGCGGUCCGCAAGAAGGCCAAAACCAAGAUCGGCAACAAAUCCAAGAAAAAGGGUCGAUCCAAGAAGAACCGUCCAGAAGACGGUGAGUUUGAACAUCAGGAUUAUUGCGAGGUCUGCCAGCAGGGAGGCGAAAUCAUCCUGUGCGACACUUGCCCCAAAGCGUACCAUCUGGUCUGUUUGGAUCCGGAACUGGAAGACACUCCGGAAGGCAAGUGGUCUUGCCCGACUUGCGAAGCGGAAGGUCCCGAUGAUGAGGAUGACGACGAGCAUCAGGAGUUCUGUCGGGUGUGCAAGGACGGUGGAGAGAUGCUUUGCUGCGAUAGUUGUCCAUCGGCUUAUCAUACGUGGUGUUUGACACCACCGCUGGACGACAUUCCCGACGGGGAUUGGAGGUGCCCUCGGUGCAGCUGUCCACCGAUUGCGUACAAGGUGGCCAAGAUUCUCACCUGGAGGUGGACCGAUAAACCGAUCGAUCCAAAUGAACCGUCUACUUCGAAGGCAACUCCGACUCGCCGACGGGAGUAUUUCGUGAAAUUCGCAGAUAUGUCGUACUGGCACUGCGAUUGGAUCACGGAACUUCAGCUGGACGUUUAUCACCCGUUGAUGUACCGAUUCUAUAUUCGCAAGUACGACAUGGAAGAGCCUCCCAAGCUGGAAGAGAUGUUGGACGAGGAGGAUGGCCGUUAUAAGCGUCUUUUGAAGAUGCGGGAAGGUGAUCUGGACGAGGCGGAACUGGAAGAGAAAUAUUACAAAUACGGAGUCAAGCCGGAAUGGUUGAUGGUGCACCGGGUGAUCAAUCACCGAACUAUGCGUGAUGGCCGCACGUUGUACUUUGUCAAAUGGCGUGAUCUCCAGUACGACCAGUGCACCUGGGAGGAGGAUGAUGACGAAAUUCCGGGCCUGAAGAGUGCGGUUGAAUACUAUAUGGAUCUCCGGAAUAACUGCAACAAUGAAAUGGGCAACAGCAGCAGUAGCAAAAAGAACAAAAAGAAGGGCCGGAAGUCUAGGGCCAAGGAAUUGGAGGACGACGACCGAAUCUCCAAACGGUACACACCUCCUCCGGAUAAACCUACGACAGACCUGAAGCGAAAGUUCGAAGUCCAGCCUCCAUAUUUGGAUGAAACCGGAAUGAGACUGCACCCUUAUCAGCUGGAAGGUAUCAACUGGUUACGUUACUCUUGGGCCAACGAUACCGAUACCAUCCUGGCAGAUGAGAUGGGUCUUGGAAAGACCAUCCAAACGGCAACUUUCCUGUAUUCGCUGUACAAGGAAGGACAUUGCCGUGGACCCUUCUUGGUUGCGGUCCCACUCUCCACCAUCAUCAAUUGGGAACGUGAGUUCGAGACGUGGGCUCCGGAUCUAUACUGCAUCACCUACGUCGGAGACAAGGACUCGCGAGCAAUCAUCCGCGAGCACGAAUUGUCCUUCGAGGAGAAUGCCGUUCGAGGAGGACGUGCCUCCAAGAUCCGCGCCAGCACAUUGAAGUUCAACGUCCUUCUGACCAGCUACGAAAUGGUUUCCUUUGACGCCGCCUGCCUCGGAUCGAUCGAAUGGGCCGCCCUGGUGGUGGACGAAGCCCAUCGAUUGAAGUCGAACCAGAGCAAGUUCUUCAAGACGCUUUCGAACUACAGCAUCAACUACAAGCUGCUGUUGACCGGUACGCCGCUGCAGAACAACCUGGAGGAAUUGUUCCACUUGUUGAAUUUCCUGAACAAGAACAAGUUCAACGAUUUGACCACGUUCCAGGCCGAAUUUGCCGACAUCAACAAGGAAGAUCAGGUCAAAAAAUUGCACGAGAUGUUGGGACCGCACAUGCUGCGUCGUCUCAAGGCUGACGUACUGAAGAACAUGCCGACCAAGUCCGAGUUCAUCGUCCGUGUCGAGCUGUCCCAGAUGCAGAAGAAGUACUACAAGUACAUCCUGACGCGUAACUUCGAGGCCCUGAAUCCGAGGGGAGGUGGCGGAGCCUGUUCGUUGAUCAACAUCAUGAUGGACCUGAAGAAGUGCUGUAACCAUCCGUAUCUGUUCCAAGCGGCGGUGGAAGAAGCACCAUUGGGUCCGGGUGGAACUUAUGAAAUCCAAUCGCUGACGAAAGCGGCCGGUAAGCUAGUUCUGCUGGAAAAGAUGCUCAAGCAGUUGAAGGAGCAGGGACAUCGUGUGCUGAUCUUCUCGCAGAUGACAAAGAUGUUGGACAUCUUGGAGGACUUCUUGGAAGGAUUCGGCUACAAAUACGAGCGUAUAGAUGGUGGCAUCACUGGAACGCUGAGACAGGAAGCCAUCGAUAGGUUCAAUGCCCCGGGAGCUCAACAGUUCUGUUUCCUUCUUUCGACCAAGGCCGGUGGUUUGGGUAUCAACUUGGCCACCGCAGAUACCGUUAUCAUCUACGAUUCGGAUUGGAAUCCUCACAACGAUAUUCAGGCUUUCUCUCGUGCCCAUCGUAUUGGGCAGGCAAAUAAAGUCAUGAUUUAUCGGUUUGUAACGAGGAACUCGGUUGAAGAACGAGUCACACAGGUGGCCAAGAGGAAAAUGAUGUUGACCCAUUUGGUCGUACGACCAGGAAUGGGCGGAAAGGGUGCUAACUUCACCAAGCAGGAGUUGGACGACAUUCUUCGAUUCGGUACAGAGGAACUCUUCAAAGAGGAUGGUAAAGACGAAGAAGCUAUCCAUUACGAUGACAAAGCUGUUGCCGAGCUGCUGGAUCGUUCCAACAAAGGCGUGGAAGAGAAGGAGAACUGGGCCAACGAGUAUCUGUCGUCGUUCAAGGUGGCCUCGUAUUCGACAAAGGAAGAUGUCGAGGAGGAAGUUGACACGGAGAUCAUCAAGCAGGACGCGGAAAAUUCGGAUCCGGCUUAUUGGGUGAAGCUGCUGCGACACCAUUACGAACAACACCAAGAAGAUCUGUCGCGGACUCUUGGAAAAGGCAAACGUGUCCGUAAGCAGGUCAACUACACGGAUGGUGGAGUGGUUCAAGCCGACCCGGUCAAGGAGGAUUCCACUUGGCAGGAGAAUGUGUCCGACUACAAUUCGGAUUAUUCCGGCAAUUCGGAUGAUCAGGGCGAUGAGGAUGACGAAGAUGGAGAUUUGAACCGUCGCAGCAAGAGGAGAAUCGAGAGGAAUCAGUCCGAGAGAGAUAACCGUCCUCUUCCACCGUUGCUGGCUCGAGUUGGCGGUAACAUUGAAGUCCUGGGCUUCAAUGCUCGCCAGCGGAAGAGUUUCCUGAAUGCGAUUAUGCGUUACGGAAUGCCUCCUCAGGACGCCUUCAACUCGCAGUGGUUAGUUAGGGAUUUACGUGGUAAAUCUGAGCGCAACUUUAAAGCAUACGUAUCGCUGUUCAUGAGACAUCUCUGUGAACCAGGAGCGGAUAACGCGGAAACCUUUGCCGAUGGCGUUCCUCGGGAAGGUCUCAGCCGACAGCACGUUCUGACCCGUAUUGGUGUCAUGUCGCUGAUCCGAAAAAAGGUUCAGGAGUUUGAGCACAUCAAUGGAUACUACAGCAUGCCAGAGCUGAUCAAGAGGCCUUGUGAACCAAUCAAGUCAGCGUCUGGAGAUGCUAGUGAAACUCCUAAAUCGGCCACCACCAGCACGAGUGCUACUCCAGCAACCAGCGCAGCGCCUAGUCCUGCACCGACAGCCGCAGAUAAGGAGGAUGAUACCAGCACUUCGGCAGAAGACAAGAUCAAGAAGGACACGCCCGAAGAGAAGAAGGAAGAUGUGAAGAAAGAAGAGUCAGAGGAGAAAUCGGAAGAGGACAAGAAGGAGGAGAAGACCGAGGAAAAGUCUGAAUCUGCGGAGACUAAAGCUGAGCCGGAUGUGAAAAAAGACGACGAAGCUUCGGAGGAGAAGAAAUCGGAAGAUACCGAUGUUAAGUCGGAGGAUACCAAGGAACCAGCCAAAUCCGACAAACCUAAGGAAGAGGAAACCAAGAGUUCAACUCCCGCUCCGACGGAAGCCAAGAAGGAAGAAGAUGACGAUGAUGAAGUUAAAAUCACAUCGGAUAAGAAGGAAGAGGACAAACCGAUUGCGAUCGAUGACGAUGACGACGAUGUGGUGAUUGUCAAAGAUGAUGACGAAGAUGUCAAGAAACCAGCCGCUAAGCCGGAACCAAUUGAAGUUCAUAAGCGACAAUUUAUGUUCAACAUCGCCGAUGGAGGUUUCACCGAACUGCACACUCUUUGGAUCAACGAGGAGAAAGCAGCCGUCCCCGGACGAGAAUAUGAAAUCUGGCAUCGCCGUCACGAUUACUGGCUACUGGCUGGUAUCGUCACCCACGGAUACGGUCGCUGGCAGGACAUCCAGAACGACAUUCGGUUCGCCAUUAUCAACGAACCGUUCAAAAUGGAUGUCGGUAAGGGCAACUUCCUGGAAAUCAAGAACAAGUUCCUUGCCCGGCGGUUCAAGCUUCUGGAACAGUCUCUGGUCAUCGAAGAGCAACUACGACGGGCUGCCGUGCUGAACCUUUCUCAGGAUGCCAGCCAUCCGGCCAUGGCACUGAACGCUCGCUUCGCCGAAGUUGAAUGCCUUGCUGAGUCCCAUCAGCAUCUGAGCAAGGAAUCUCUGGCCGGCAACAAACCGGCCAAUGCCGUCCUCCACAAGGUGCUGAACCAACUGGAGGAACUCCUGUCAGACAUGAAGAGCGAUGUUUCGCGUCUGCCGGCCACCCUGGCUCGCAUUCCACCCGUUGCCCAACGGUUGCAGAUGUCCGAACGGUCCAUUCUGUCCCGCCUGGCGGCCACCGGAAACACCGUGCAGCCAAAUCCACCUCUGGCGCAAUUCCCGGCCGGUUUCCAAGGAACCAGUCUGCCGGGUUUCGCAGCGGCAGCAGCUGCAGCCGCCAACUUUGCCAACUUCCGGCCGACGUUCUCAGUACCCGGUCAACCCACACCGAGCUACCCCAGCGGUUCCGGAUCGUCCAAGUAAAUUAAUUGGAUACAAAAAACCACGUCUAUUCUUAACUUACGAUUUUAGUUGUAUAAUUACUAUUAUGUAUGUGUAUUGCGCUAUUGUAGGUUUAGAUUUGUUUCCCCGUCUCUUCCUUCUUCUCGCUUACCUAAUUCGUGUUCCUCCUUUGUCGUGCCCUGUCCGUAAAAUUUAGAAUCAAAAGUGAAUUUUUUUCUCUGUAAAGAAAUUUUAUUUAUACCUGAAUACAAACACAAACAGCUCCGAUACCGAAUUCUUAACUGAGUGAAAGGAAGCUGAUGAAAAGAGCAAAAAACCCAAUAAUUAUGGACACACAAAUCCAUGUUUUGCCGUAAGAUAACACAAUUUGAGUGAUAACACUUUUAGAAUUAUCUAAUAAAAAACGUACAUUGCAAAAAAUAUCGUUUCCAAUUUAAAACUCAUUUGAAAAGCAAAUGAAUAAACACGCAUCUCUAGAUGGUAUGAUGUAAAAUUGA